AUGUUCCGAAGUCGAAGGAGCUCGAAGCUUGGAGAGUGAAAAGUAGGGGACCAAAGAGUUGCGGAAGAAGACGAACAGAGUUGAGAGCGAGAAGAUGAAGAAGGCGCAGUUGGAGUUGCCAGCGGGGUUCAGGUUCCACCCCACGGACGAGGAGUUGGUGAGCCAUUACUUGAUUCGCCAGUGCUCUUCUCUCCCCAUCUCCGCCCCCGUCAUUGCGGAGAUCGAUCUCUACAAGUUCGACCCCUGGGACCUUCCUGAAAUGGCUCUGUACGGCGAAAAAGAAUGGUACUUCUUUUCUCCAAGGGACCGCAAGUACCCCAACGGGUCACGGCCGAACCGGGUAGCCGGAACUGGGUUUUGGAAGGCGACUGGAGCUGAUAAGCCGAUCGGCCACCCAAAGACGCUAGGCAUAAAAAAGGCGCUAGUGUUUAAUGCCGGGAAAGCUCCUAAAGGAGUGAAGACCAAUUGGAUCAUGCACGAGUACCGCCUCGCCAAUGUCGAUCGAUCCGCCGGCCAAAAGAAGAACUCGAGGCUUGAUGACUGGGUUCUUUGCCGGAUAUACAACAAGAAGGGCACCAUAGAGAAGCAUUUCCCUUCCACGCUCAGUAAACCUGCAGAAUUCCCCGAAACGGAGAUCAAGCCGCAGAUUGUUAUGCCAGGGGCGCUGAACCUGUACACAACUCCGCAGUACGGGCAUUCACCAAUGACUAAGGAUCACGUGUACAUGGACUCAUCGGAGUCGGUGCCGAGGCUGCACACGGAUUCUAGCUGCUCAGAGCACGUGGUGUCCCCGGAUUUGGCGUGCAAGAAGGAAUUGCAGAGCGAUGCGAAGUGGGAAGAUUGGGAGAAGGCCCUCGAUUUCCAGUUCGAAUCGAUGGAUGACUUCUUGGACGAAGCGUUCGCGCAACGACAGUAUCAGUGGGAUCAGUUCUCGACUCUUCAGGACGUGUCCACGUACUUGCAGAAACCAUUUUGAGCAAGUCCGUUGAGAAAACAGAAGUGGGGUUCUCGAUGAAAUUGCAUGAUCCACCGGCAUGGUGAUGAAUCAAAGACAAUCUCUGUCUUGGGCCAACGCUAAUGUGGGGGCUACAGACUAGAGAGUCAGUCCGAGGAUUUUGCUGGAGAGAGAAGCAAGUGCUGAGGUGCAUCCAGUGGCUACCGGA